GAUUUGAAGAAGUGGUAGAACGAUUUUGACCCCACAUAAGCAAGAACACUUCCUCCUCCUCCAGCAACGUUUGUGUGUCUGAGAUUGUGAGGGAGUUCUGUCUUCAGCUCCUUAUGGAGCUCUCUACUUCUUCUUCAUAUUCACAUUCUUCUAUAAUUCCCACACGUAAUUCCAUCUCCUACUACUCUUUGAAACCACCCACUUCUGUCAAGUCCACAAUUUCCAGACACCUUCGUUCAAUUGGGCUUUACCAUCAUCACCAUCAUCACACAAGUUUCUCAACUUUUGUUUCAAAACCAAAGCAACAACAUAGACCUAUUUCCAUCAGGGCUGGCAGUGAAGUUGGAGCUGCUGGAUCUGAUCGUCCAUUUGCUGACAAAGUUUUAGAUUUGAAAGAUGCAUUCUGGAGAUUUUUGAGGCCACAUACUAUACGUGGUACAGCACUAGGAUCUGCUGCUUUGGUGUCAAGAGCGUUGAUUGAGAACUCAAAUAUGAUAAAGUGGUCUCUUUUGCUUAAAGCAUUCUCCGGUCUUUUUGCUCUGAUUUGUGGGAACGGUUAUAUAGUUGGUAUCAAUCAAAUAUAUGACAUUAGUAUUGACAAGGUAAACAAGCCUUAUUUACCUAUAGCUGCAGGAGAUCUUUCGGUUCAAUCUGCAUGGUUCUUGGUUAUAUUUUUUGCAGCAGCUGGCCUAUUAAUCGUAGGAUUGAACUUUGGACCCUUCAUUUUUUCUCUUUACUCCCUUGGCCUUUUUCUUGGUACUAUCUAUUCCGUUCCUCCGCUUAGGAUGAAACGCUUUCCUGUCGCAGCAUUUCUUAUUAUUGCUACGGUACGAGGUUUUCUACUUAACUUUGGGGUGUACUAUGCUACUAGAGCUGCUCUUGGACUUGCUUUUGAGUGGAGCUCUUCUGUGGUUUUUAUCACAACUUUCGUAACAUUUUUCGCGUUGGUAAUUGCUAUAACAAAAGAUCUUCCAGAUGUUGAAGGUGAUCGCAGGUAUCAGAUAUCGACCUUCGCUACAAAAUUAGGAGUUCGGAACAUUUCUUUCCUUGGUGCUGGAAUUUUGCUAAUGAACUAUGUUGUUAGCAUAUUGGCAGCAAUUUAUAUGCCACAGGCUUUCAGGCGAUGGUUACUGAUUCCAGCUCAUACAAUUUUCGCAUCAAGCUUGAUUUAUCAGGUGCAGAUAUUAGAAAAAGCAAAUUAUACAAAGGAAGCAAUAUCAGGAUUCUAUAGAUUCAUAUGGAAUCUAUUUUAUGCUGAGUAUGCUUUAUUUCCUUUCAUCUAGGGGCACGAUUGCAUCCGAAAAGGUAGCGCGGUUGCUUGACCAAAGCCAAUCAAUAAGACAUAUCUGGAUCCUAGUGCUUUAGAGAUGGUUUGAUAAGAAAGAUCUUGUAUUGAGUAUCUACUCGUAAGUUAAUCAUAUUUUUUUAAACAAGUUUUUGUAUAUAGCGUAGUGUUUCUUUUUAAUUUGAUGUAAUGCCAUGAGAAUUGUAUACAUCAGGCAGAUUUCAUAAUGUUUCAAACAAUAGUUAUCAUUUUUUAACCAUCCUUUCGAACA